AUGAAGGCCACCACUAUCGGCACCCUCCUUCUGGCUGCCGGCACCGCGCUGGCCGUACCUGGCAAGCGAGCCCAGAAAGCCGUCGCCAUCAGCGCCUUUUCUGCCUCUCAAAAUGACCAGCAGGGAUUUGUCACCUUCAGCUUCAGCGACCCUAACUACAACAAGGCGCCCAUCAAUGCCAACGUGAUCUGGGAACGUCCCGGAAACCCUCCCUCGAAUGCUCGCACUGGUGACGGUGCCUACCUCGUCCAAUUCCCAGACGGCGUGGACGACAUCUCCACCUUCACCUUGCAGGUGCAGCGGGUAAAUGGUACCUCGAGAGCCUCGCUUACCGUCGAUGAUGCCGAGGAGGACACCAACUGGCACUGUCACGACGUGGAUGGCACCGAGAAUGGGAAGAAAUGCCACUACAAUGGAAACAUUGUCUUUACCCCUCCUUCGCCUUCUUCGUCUCCUUCUGCCUCCGCCUCUGCUUCUCCCUCGGUCUCUCCUUCCCCUACGCCCUCCGCUGAGCCUUCCUCUUAA